UAACGUACACGGCGCUAAUCAGAGACGUCGGUAGGAGGCCGAGCCGCUCGCUGAACGAAACCCAAAACAAGGCUUGUACGUUUACCUUAUCGCUUUCAGACAAGCGCCACCUUUAAAAGGAAUUCACCCUUAAAGGCACCAGCUCAGCAUGGAAAACCAGAAGUGGUAGGGUCUUUGUGACUUGAGGUGUGGGAGUGAGGCUGCUCCCCUGUUUCCCCGUGGUGCUCCCCUGCCCCUUGUCCUCCUGGACGGCCCUGAAAUGACCACAGGGGAGUGUUGCCACCUCCCAGGCUCCCUGUGUGACUGCACUGGCAACGCUGCCCUGUCAAAAACCGUGGAGGAUGCUGAAAACCACCGGGCUCAGUACGUCACCCAGGUCACGGCCAAGGAUGGACGUCUGCUAUCUACUGUUAUCAAAGCCCUGGGCACCCAGAGUGAUCGGCCAAUUUGUCGGAUCUGCCACGAGGGUCAAGACGUGUGCAACAGUGAGGUGCUUCUCUCCCCGUGCGACUGCACCGGCACAUUGGGCACGGUCCACAAGAGCUGCCUGGAGAAAUGGCUAUCGUCCUCUAACACCAGCUACUGUGAGCUGUGCCACACUGAGUUUACCAUUGAGCGCCGGCCCCGACCCCUCACAGAGUGGCUCAGGGACCCAGGCCCCCGGAAUGAGAAGCGCACGCUCUUCUGUGACAUGGUGUGCUUCCUGUUUAUAACGCCCCUGGCAGCCAUCUCAGGCUGGCUGUGUCUACGGGGUGCACAGGACCACCUGCACUUCAACAGUCGCCUGGAGGCAGUCGGCCUCAUCGCUCUGACCAUCGCACUCUUCACCAUCUACGUCCUCUGGACACUGGUCUCAUUCCGCUACCACUGUCAGUUGUACUCGGAGUGGAGACGAACCAAUCAGAAAGUCCGUUUGCUCAUUCCUGACACCAAGGGUGCACACUCUACCCAGCAUUCCUUGCUUUCCACAAAGCUGCUGAAAAAGACAGCAGACGAGACCAUAGUAUGAGAGAUGUGGUGCGGGGGUCGGGGCCCGAUCGCGGUGGUAUUAACAUGCUACAUGUUCUUGACGCAGCGUCGUCAACUAGAGCCGUGGCAUUAUGGAUGCAUUAAUUUCUAUUUAAUCCUUUUUAUCUAAAUAUGUGAGCACUUCAUUUUAUUUUAUUUUACGUUUUUUCACCAGUCUCUUUUAAAGUUUUUUUUUUUGUUGUUGUUGUUUUUGUUUUGGAGCCUUUAUAAGUGUGUUGUUUAAAGACACGUUUUAUUUAUCUGGGGCUUGAACAGCCAGGCUGAGGCCCCAUACUGUUCAGUAUGCAUAGUAUUUGAAACAAUCGGAAAACUAACUUAUGUGUAUAGACGAUUCCUUUGAGCACAGUGGUGAGGGAUUAUGACUCGAGUACAUACGGCUGCUGAAGCUUAAAACCAAACCUUUCUUUUGUUUUCGAUGUAUCAUUUUUUUCUACUCCUCUACCUUCAAGUACUUUCCAUCUUAACCCGACGGAGUCGCAUCUAAGCAAACUUAGUUCUUGUGGCUCCUACACAAUUUAGUCAAGAUAUAAGUGUAUAAAUAUAUAAACACUAAUUCAAGUAAGCUCUAAGCUUCGAUCGACAUUUGCCCGGGAAAUGAUUGUGGAGGCUGAUGUAUAUCUGCUGCGGCAUAGCAAAUGCUCAAGUACAUCCAGAGUGAGAAAGGAAGGCGGGUGGUGGAAAAAAACAACUAAAAAAGAGAGUGCAAUAACACGCCACCAUUGGCAUGAUACUGCCGUGGACACAUGCAGGCUGUUUUUCCGAACCGAAUGGUCUCCGAACAAUCUAAAACAGCAUGCGGUGAUUCUAAAGUCGUAGCACUUUUUGACAACGUAGCCUAGAUGUGAGCUGAACAAAUGUAGAUACGUGUAUGCUUUUGGGAUGCAAAUAUGUGGCAACUUUAUGUUGUUGAGUAGUGGUAAGUGCAGAUGCAAAGAUACCUCCACAGUCCAGAAUCAUCUUCGUUUUUUGGUGUUGGAAGACGAAUGUGUACGUGUGUUUUCAGUAUGCAUUUCGUAAGCUCUGCCUAUUUGUGCUGUUAAGAAGGUAUCAAAUGGCCGAGGUUGAAGAAGGCAUACUUGGGAUUUUGUAGCAGUUUGUGGAAGAUGCAGGUCAAGCCCCAGAGGAAGACGUAAUCGUGAAGCUAAACAUCAUUGCCAGACCAGUAAUGAAACCAUUGUCCAUGAAUGACACUACAGUAUUUAAGCAAAGCCAUCUUUCAGCUGUGUGUCGUAUUGGUGCAAGAAGAAUCUGCAGAACACCAUUCAUCAAAUCUUUUUUCAUUCCCUACAGUUACCAUCUGAAAGUGGAGGAAUGGUUCUUUGGGGUAUGCAGUAAUAGUUGCACAUUUGCCACUCUUUAAUGUGGACUUUUUGUGCUAUAUGCACUUGCUGUUGAAGAUCUAGGUCUAAAAGUGUUCGAUUUGCGCAAACUUUUGGCAGUAAAGUUCACUGAAGGAAUUGUUCACCUAUCAAUGAAAAUGUUGUUAUUUAUUCACCGUAAUGUCACUCCAGAUGGGACUGCAGUUAUUUUAAAUGUACAUCAAUUUUGGUGAAUCGUUUCUGAUAAGAGUUCGAUGACAAGCUUUAAGAUCGCAAUGAAAGUUGUGCUCUUUUACAAGUCCAUAGGAGUCCAUUUGUGCGAGAACCUAAUUCUAUCUCACAAUUAAAUUUUUUUUUACAAUACCAGCAAGUAGUCGAUAAACGUUAAUUCUUUUUUCAGUUUACUUUGACUUCUCCACUUCACAAAUGCUGCUGGUAUUGUUUAAGAAAUAAUAAAUCUAUUUUUUUAAUGCACCUUGUUCAUUUAGUGAAUCAUACAGCACUACCUCACAAUUCGGAGAAAUUCAGAACUGCCAAAUAUAAACCUAGCAGUUCUGAGAAGCAAAUUUCUUAGGUGACAACGAGAAUUGUGAGAUAAAUUUGCAGUCACCUUUUUAUUUUAUAUUCUGUGGCAGAAAAACCAAACAACUGCAAGAUUCUAAACUCGGAACUAUAAACUAAGAAUUCCGAGAAGAAAAAAGUCAAAAUUGUGAGAAAUAAACUCGCAAUUGUAAGGAAAAAUUCAUAAUCGUGAGAUCAAACGUUGAAAUUAUCUUUAUUUCAAUGUUUUUUUUUGUUUCCCCGUAAUGGAAAAAAAUACAGCAUGUGAAUUUGGAACAACAUGUGAAUAAAUAAUAACAGAAUUUACAUUAUGGCUGAACCGUUCUUUAAAGGCUAAUGAAAUGAGCUACCUAAGAUAUGUAUGUCCACUAAUUCUUUUAUUGUAAAUUCUGAUGCGUCUCAGUUGUAAAUGUGUAGAUAAACUGUCUCUGUUAUUAAGAAGUGUUGUGUGCUGUUGGUCCAGGGUUCAGUGUGUGUGUGUGUGUGUGUGGAGCAGACAGGCCCAUUUAUGUCUGGAUUAUUUGCCGGCCACUUUUUUGAAAGGACACAGCUCAGAAGCUUGUAGUUCUGUCGAUGUUCAGUGCCCCAAACACAGAGUUUGAAACCAAAAGGCGCUUCUGUAGCUGGAUAUUCAAACAUGCAAAAGGAUUUUCCCUCAAAUUCAUCCCCCCUGCCCGUUUCCCGUGAGCUAAUUUCGCUUUGGAAAAUGGGAGAAAAAAAGUUUUAGGAAUAAUCCAUCGUCAGAAACAUUGUCUUGCCCAUUGCUCUGUUUUUCCGGAAAGAAGUUGCUUUUUUUUGCUGAUAUGAACAAUUAUCUCAAGCCACAUGUGGUGUUGGAUCAACAACGACAGACAACUUCACCAACCAGCUUAAUGCUAACUUGAGGAAUGCUUUCUUGUUGUUGUGCUUCCACUUGCUUUUUUUUUUUUCACUUUUUGGGCCAUUCCUUGGUUAUUUUGCUAUGUUGGGUAAUUCAUCUAAAAUAUUACAAUGCAAUUCUUACCUAUAAACUUAACAACACAUGUAUGAUAUAUCCAUAGAUAUAGAUGUUGCUGCAUAUGAAGGACAUAGGGAAAGGGACAAUGUUGAACUCAGAGUUGUAUUGUUUAUUUUGUGUUUUUAACAUGAGGAGGCCACAAUAUGCAACACUGCAAGAGCAGUUCAGCUCAAAUGAUGAUGUUAAUUAAACCGAACUUAUCUGUUCCUUCAUUGCAUGCUUUCUUAUUUUAAUACAAUGGCACUUUCACUUAUUUAUAACCAUUAUUUCUCUUGCAAAUUUCUGGGGGUGUCUUUUGUUGCAGUUUAAAAAAGGAGGCAUUUCCAAAUCUGAACUUAAUUGUACCAACGUUUGCAUAGUUUGUUGAUUCAGUUGAAAUAUCUCUACUUUUGCCAGUGUUUGUUUUAUUGUAUUCAUACUGUGUGUAUCAUUUUGCUUCUGUUUUGUUUUCAGUUAUUCAUCGAGCACCGGAUUUGUAUCUCUCUGAAGGUUUGAAAUGCUACAAUGCUUAUGUUGUGCAGUGGCUGAGAGAAAGAUGUCUGUAAUGUCCUCACCAAAAUAUGUUGGUGCUUGAAAUCGGCCAAGAAAAGUGUGCAAAGCAAAUUAAAAACGAUGCUCUGGACCUGGUAA